CCGAGCAAGAUCUCCGGGACGAGUAGGGUGUUAGUGCCGAGCAAGGCGUGCUGGGGAGGCACUGAACUAUUCAUGGACCUCUAAGGCUUAUUGGGCCGGAAGCGGUGUUGGGCCUAUCUUGGCCCAGUCCAGAACAGGAGCCCCCCAAGUCGGAGUUUUUUGGUUAAGAAGCUGUGACUUUAUUUCAAUGCUCGGACCCCUAUCCUCGUAGUUGCUCGGUGAAUUGAUCCUCGUAAGCCUCGUGCUCGGAAGAAGGUCCGGUGAUGGACGAAACGUCGCGCGUAGGAAGCACGCGCUGACGUGGCAUAGGUAAUAAUGGCCUAGGGUCUAGGAGGCGGCGCCUGUCAGGAGAGGUGACGCUUCGCCUUCCGAGCUUUUUACCUAUAAAAAGGGGCGGAUUCUCUCAUUUGGGAACUUUCCUUUCUCUGUUUAUCUGCUCGGCUUCGAUCAAGGGUUCCUCGGAGAAUAAUUUCCCGGCUCGUUCAUCAUACCAAGGUCGUCUCCCAGUGAAGGAUUCUCCUCGGCCAUCGUCGUCAUGUCUAAUAGUAAGUUCGUCUAGCUCGUCCUUGCUUUACUAUUUUUCAUGAGAUUUGUGCAUUCUGCUUCGGUGGCCUUCGCCACCAACGUCUUCCCCGGGUUAUCUAAGCGAUGCCCGGGGGUUAGUGUGGGUCGGCAGACCGAAGGGCGUUGGUGUUAAGUCGUUUAGAUACGUUUUCCAUUGGUGUCAUUGGUGAGCCCUCGGCAGACGAGCGUUUUCCUCGAUGGGGGUUUAGCCGGGGGCUCAGAUGCUCCUGCUCUACCCUUUCGCUUGUAUCGCGGUGGAGGGGUGGAUUUGAUGACCGUCGAAUUCAUUUUUUCCCUUCUGCCUGCAGGUGAAUCUGAAUCGAGUGCUAGUUCGGAGUCUGGUUCGGAAUCUGGCUCGGAAUCUGGCUCGUGGACGAGUAGUUCGGACGACUCGACGGCCACAAGCUCUGGGGUUGAAAUCAUCGAAGACCCAAAUGCGCCCUCUCCAGAGGACCAUGAUGAGUCACUGGGCUCGGAUGCCGAGGGAGGGGUCUCUCCCAUGCCUUUAUUUAGUUACGUGUGUACGGUCGCGUUCGACUGGAUAGCCGACGAGGCCUUGACGGUCGCCUCUCGGUAUACUGGGUCUUUGGAUGGGGCGUUCAGAGAAAUCGAGACAUUGAGGGAGGGUGAAGCGCCGAACUACCGAGUGGUCUGCCCGUCGAGGGACGAGCGUAUAUGUUCUCGAUUUGACGGGGACGGCUUUGCAAUGUAUGAGUAUGUGUUCAAGGAACUCGGCUUCCGAUUGCCGUUCUCCGACUUCCAGAGAUCUACGAUGGCAUUUCUAAACUUGGCGCCGUCCCAACUGCAUCCGAAUGCCUUUGCUUUCAUGCGAGCAUUCGAGAUCGUUUGUAACUAUCUGGGGAUUGGUGCCACGACCGCAUUGUUCGGCCGGUGUUUCCGCGUCCAGAGGCAGGCGGCAAACGGUCGAUAUAGCUGGGUCUCGUUCAGAAAUGCUGAGCGAAAGCUCUUCGGGAUGUAUACUGACUCCGUGAAAGGGUUCAAGGAUCGGUAUUUUGUCAUCCAGCCGAUCAGCCGAACAGCCUACUCGGAGGUAUCGGACCUCGUGGUCAUGCGUGAUGAAGACGGGGAGGUGUUAAGGGACGAGGACGGACAUGUGGUGAGGGAGCUCUGUACAAGGUUCCCGUUCUUCUGGUGGAAGGGUCACUUCUCUUCUCCCCCGAAACACUAUGUUUGGGAGGACGAUGAUUUGGAUGAUCAAGACCGGGAGUCCUACUCGGUCCUCUGCAAAUACGUAGACAGAUUUACUAUGUCUCGUUGGGUGACGAGGAACGGGGAUCUCGUAUUGGACGAGGAGGGUGUACCGGUCACGGAGCAGCGGCCUAUUAAUACCAAGGCUUUGCUAGCUUGUCGGACUCCCGAGGAGACCAGGACGUUGUUAGAGGCUAUGCCGGAGAAGGAGGAUAAUAUUCUGAAACAGGCUUUGGACGCGAGGAGGAAGAAGAAGAACCAGGGAACCGGAGCUGGAGAGAACUCAGGCUCGGCAGGCUCUCCUCACAAGACUCAUGCCGACGAGAGGUCUACCAAGAGAUCUCGUCCUUCCGAGGGGGUACAUCCGGAUCAGUCGACCCUAGGUCCCGGGCGCGCCUUCGUGUUGCCUCCUUGCUACAAGGAUGGAGGUUAUUUCGAGAAGUUCCCCUUGGCUGUCUCCCCGGACGAAGCUCGUCGAAUCAGUGACAUGGGCUCCUCGUCCCUCCAGAAACAGUUGGCGUGCGAUGGUGCCGCCGUGAUGAGGGUUUUGGGGAUGGCCCAAGUGCUGGCCAGUGGAGGUUCGGGCUCGACCGAGGCUCUGAAGGAGGCCGAGGCGGCUAAGAAGGUGGCCGAGGACAAGAUGAAGACAAUGGAGACCGAGCGCAAGGAGUUGAGGAAGAAGGUUGACGCGCUCCUGAAGCAGAAAGACGCGGAGGUUGCGGCUGAGAAGAAAAAGCUGGCUGAUCUUCAACUUGAAUGGGCCCCCUCGGCUGAUGAGUCGUCGGAUGUGGUAACUCUAAAGUCUAGGGCCGAGUUUGUGGAGAAGAUAGACAGCUUGAAGGUAAGCCUGGCCGACAUGGCCGACGUCGGGUUCGAGCGUGCCCUUCAACAGCUGAGGCUUCUGAACCCUGGCUUGAAGGAGGAUAAUGUCGGGCUCUCUUCGAGGAUCGUGGAUGGCGUGCUGGUGCCUGAGUCCCCGGAGAGCGAGGAGUAG